AUGGCGGUGGCCUCUCCGAACCUCAAACCUGGAAAUAUCAACGCACUCCAUUCCCCGACCUCGGAUUUCUUCGUCACAGACGUCUUAUAUGGCAGCAAAUUUCUAGUGGACACAGACGCCUUCCAAGGUCGCGUGACUGGUAUAGGAGAGACCAUGCUAAGGGAAAUAUCUCAGCGACUAAACUUUAGCUACCAUCUACAAGAGCUGCCGCCGGACGGCUUCUGGGGGGAGCUGAUCAACGGCAGCUGGGUGGGUAUGCUCGGGCAGGUGGUGCGUCAGGAAAAGGACUUCCUCAUCAAUGGCAUGGCGCUAGUGCUUGACCGUUACCUAGCCACGGAUUUUAGUGUACCGUACUUCAGUGAUUCUUACAGCAUAACGUUACAGGUGCCGCCUCCCUAUCCCCGUUGGAUGUCAGUCGUGUACCCCUUCCAACCAAGGGUGUGGGCUGCUGUGGCUGGGGUAUUGCUUCUCGUCUCCAUUAUCUUCCACGCUCUCAUCCUUCCUUCCCCGGCCGUCUUAUACAGUGACAAGGGUGAUGUGGCGUCCACGCUGGUAUGGCUGUCCCGCGCCCUGCUUCACCAGUCUGCUACAAGGGUUCCCUCUGCUUCAGGGUGCCGGCCCUUCCUGGCGACUUGGUGGCUGGCAGCUUUGGUUUUGUCUACUUCUUACGUGGGGAACUUAAUAGCUUCCCUCACUGUGCCUACAGAAUCGCGAAGAAUUGCAUCAUUGGAGGAACUCGCCUUCAGCGACUUAAGGUUAUUGGAGCUACUAUGGUAG